UUCAGUUCCACCCAAGAUUACACCAUUCUCAUUCGCACGCGAUCUGAACGUCGGUGACCGCACAAGUAUUCAGUGCGUUAUUGGCACCGGGGACCUGCCGCUUUCAUUCACUUGGCUCAAGGAUGGAAUACCUUUGCCACAGGCAGCCAACGUGGCCACCACGGCCACGGUCGACAGCGGUGUCAGCGGUGGGCUUAAGGGUACCGGUGGCGCUGCUGGUCUUGGUCUAUUGGGUUCCGGCACCGGAUCGCACUUAUCGCACUUAUCUUCCUCCUCGGCCUCGUCUUAUGCAUCGCCAUCGUCAGCAAGUGAACAGCACGCUGCCCACGCAAUGAAUGAUAAUGGUCGUAGUGGUGGUGAAAGUAACGGCCAAGUGACAAUUCGCCAAAAUGAUGAUUUUACCAGCGCCCUCAGCAUCACAAGUGUGACGAGAGACCAAAGUGGCACGUACACGUGUCGCGUCCAAAACGAUGCCGCUACUGUAACGCACUCUGCACAGCUCAAAGUUAAUGUACCACCGCGAUGGAUCCUAAAGCCCACCGAUCAAGAUGCCAUCUUGGGAAAUGCAGUUAUCGUAUCGUGUAAAGCCGACGGAUUUCCCCUGCCGACCAUUCAGUGGAAGCAGUCUAUAGGCGACACUGGGGAGUAUCGUGAUCUCAGCUUUGCCAUGGACAAUGUCAACUCGCAUGCAGUUUUAGUGGUGCAUUCGAACGGAUCGUUAAUGAUAUCGAAAGUGAGUCGAGAGCACGAGGGAAGUUAUCUGUGCCAGGCCAGCAAUGGCAUUGGAGCUGGUCUCAGCACGCUAAUUAAGCUAACAGUGCAUGUUGGCCCAUCGGUGACUGUGAGCAAAAAACAGCUGUCAAUUCGCCGCGGCGAGCGCAUCACACUUCGCUGCGAGGCGAAUGGCGAUCAGCCCCUGGAGAUCUCGUGGCGAUCGAAGGCUAUACGCAUUGAUCCUUCUUAUGAUAUACGUUAUCAUAUCAAGAAUUCGCCGCUGGCUCGUGGCGUCUCAUCGGAAUUAACCAUUCUGCAGACUGUGCUAACCGACAGAGGCGAAUACACUUGCAUCGCCAACAAUGCUUACGGUCGUGAUCGUAGCGUUAUCCAUGUCCAAGUCCAGGAGCCACCCAAUUUUCCAGUCAAUUUGCAUGUGCGUGAUUUGGGCAGCAGAUCGGUUACAUUGGCUUGGUCACCGAAUGAUCAGGAUUCGGUCAUCCUAGGCGGCGGAGGCGGCAAUAAUCGCGAUUCACAGCCAAUAUCCAAUUACAUUCUGCAAUACAAAAAGGCGGGAGAUGUCUGGCAUGAGCACAACAAUCAGAAGCUGUUGCCUGGCGACAGAACCACAGCUCAACUAGGCUCUCUUCGGCCUGCUCAGGUCUAUCACAUUCGUCUAUUUGCCGAGAACCAUCUGGGCACAAGUGCACCCAGCGAUGUGCUGUUUGUUCAAACCGAUUCCGAAGUGCCCUCUGCACCGCCUCAAGAUGUCACCUCAGAGCCACUGGGACCUCAGCAGCUGUUGAUUACGUGGCGUGCUCCUGUGCGCGAUUCGUGGAAUGGCGAGCUCUUGGGCUAUACGAUCUCUUACCAGAAGCAGAGCACUCCCGACAGCGUGGCGAAUCACACAAAGGUUGGCAACCUCAUCACAGAGGGACUUAACGAUUUUCGACUGACUGGACUGGAGAAGUAUACGCAAUAUGGCAUCACAGUCUCAGCCUACAAUGUCAAAGGAGAUGGACCGCCGAGUGCAGUGGCCUUGGGUCACACGCUCGAGGAUGUGCCGUCGGCUGCACCGCGAUCUGUGACCUGCAUAGCAUUGACUGCUCAGAAUAUACAAAUAUCUUGGCAAUCGCCGCCAAAGGAACUGAGUCAUGGCAUCAUUCAGGGCUACAAGCUGCUCUAUGAGCCGGGACUGCUCGAGAGCGAGUACAGCGUGCGGGAGACAAAGAUUACGUCAGCAUUGAGUACAGUGCUGCAUGGUCUGCAACCAUAUACGAACUACAGUGUCCAGGUGCUGGCCUUCACACGUGCCGGCGAGGGCGUCUCAAGUCCUCCUGUGUCCUGCAUCACUGAGGAAGCGGUGCCCGAUGCGCCAGAGCUGGUCAAAUCUGCCGUGAGCACCGAGACCUCAGUGAUAAUCAGCUGGUUGCCACCGCGGCGACUCAACGGUUUAAUAACCAAAUACAAUGUCUAUAUACGCAUCUUGGAAAAGGGUCAAGAACUGAAGAUUCUUAAGGAAAUGCUGCCCGCACACAAUCGUCACUUUGAGGCCAAGGAUCUUAAUUUCAGAGAGACUUACGAGGCGUGGGUCACUGCAUCCACCAGAGUGGGCCAGGGACCGAGCACGCCAGUGAUUAAACUUGUGCCCAGCACCUCGAUACCCGCUGCCAUCAUUUCGUUUAGUCAGACGCUGCAUGUCAACUGGAAGUCAGACAUUAAGUUGCCCUGCGUUUUCGUGGGCAAUCCCAAGGCUAGUGCCGAAUGGAAGAUCCUCAACAACCGAGGCAAGAAACAGUUCCCGCUGGAGGUGAGCAACGAUAACACGCUCAGUCUACGCAACAUUCAGCGCAGCCACGAGGGCAACUAUUCGUGUGUGGCCCGUAAUCCCACAGGCUCCGAUCACAUUGUCUAUCAGCUCUAUGUGCAGGUGCCACCUGCUGCUCCGAUUGUAUCGGUGAACUCGGUGCAAAAGAAUUCUGUGUCCAUUCAAUGGCGAGUCGACGAUAUUGGCGGCUCACCCAUCAAGGGCUACACUUUGACCUACAGACGUGACUCGUCCGACUGGGAGGAGAUUCAAAUUGAUCGUCGAGUCACCUCCUAUAUGCUGGAAGAUCUGCAGUGUGGCACCCAGUACAAGUUCACCAUGAAUACUUACAAUAAGAUUGGUUCCAGUGCCGCAAGCUCAACAGUCUCAGCUCAGACAAAAGGCAACAAACCAUUUGCACCGCAGAAACACAGUUUCCUCCGCUCCAACACCACGUCAGUUAUCCUGGAUCUAUCCUCGUGGCAGGAUGGCGGCUGUCCCAUUCUUCACUACAGCAUCGAAUUUAAGCGCUACAAAUCUUCGAGUGAUUGGAUAAUUGUUUCCAAUAAAAUCGAAACCAAUACUCGCUAUAUCAUCGGAGAUUUGGAGCCGGGAACCGCUUACAAUUUGCGCGUGACGGCAAACAACAAUGCUGGUUCAACCACAAAGGAAUUCUACUUUGAAACACAAAAUCUGAUCGGAUUUAGCGGUGGUUUGGGCAACGAUGAGAUGCCCGAUGAUCAGCAAACUGUGUUUAGCGAUGCUCAUCUGAUUGCCGUGAUUAUCUCAUCGAUAUUUGGCACAAUCUUGGCAUUAAUUGGCGCAUUCAUAUGCUUCAAGAACUAUCCACGCACUUUGUUCACCCGCAAUCUUGAUUCACUGAGACCGCAGAAUGGUGGGAGCGAUGGCAAGGAUAUUCAGAGUCGAGAGCACUUUUAUGGUACAGUACGAAAAUCUUGCCAGCAAUCUCCGCCUGAAUCGGUGGCUGGCCUUGAGCGUAUACCAGAGUACUCAGAAGAUAUCUAUCCUUACGCCACAUUCCAUUUGCCAGAACAUGAAAACCAAACUGGAAAUAUUCCUUUAAACUACACAGGAAGUUCCACCAAAUACGAUGACAGCACCCUCUGCAGCUCCGGCGUGAAAGGGAAACGCAGCACGACAACGAGUGUGGGCGGAGGCAACUCCAAUGCGAAUCUGACCAGCAUGAUGGUUGGAUCACCCGAUGAUGGCAAUCACUUGAACACGACCGACAAGCGACACAAGCGACGUUCGAAGAUCAUCAAAUCGGAAUCGGAGGAAUACGAUAGUCUCAAUAGUGACAGUGAAUUAAGCGGGGAAAGAGAACGCAUGCGUGAUGAUAAUAGUUACUUGGAGGAUGAGGAAGUAUCAGCUCAUAACAAGAAGAUGCGCAACAGUGGAGGGAAUAGUAAGGAUAGGUCUUCUGUAUUUAGCAGACCUCAACUGCAUAGUAACAUCUUGGACCCCGUUCCCAUCGACUACAGGCUCUUUGAGCCGACCGCAAAGCAACAGCGCAAAUCAACGCAUUCUGGCGAUGCCCAGCGGAAAGCUCUCGCAAUUGCAUCUACCAAAGAUGCAGCCAAAUGUGCAGAUCUGUCCCGAAGUGUAUCCGGUCGUCAGCGAUACAAAAGUGCCGAUAAUAAUGCCAACAGCGGCACCCUUAAUCGCGAUUGUGGGGAAGCCAACAAGGGCAUCACCCGACCAAUUGCACAGCCGGGGGCAUAUAUUGAAAAACUAAAGCCGCAGAGAAAUGCCGAUCAACAUGGUUGUAUUUCGUCGAUAACAUGCUACAACAAGGGCUACGGUGAUAAGAAUGCCAAAUUAAUUAAUCGAGGAGGAUCAACAGGAGGCGGAGAUCAACUAGAGCUAAUCGGUUCACAUCGUCACAUCUAUAGCAUUGAGCCCAUGGAACUGAUGGCCAUGGAGUCGCUGAGCAACUCCGAGACCUUGGCCAUGGGCAGUACUAUGAUGGAUAACAAUCAAUAUCAAAUGGAAAACAGCUUGGAAAAUAUAUCCAAUUGCAGCGAUCACAUUCUCAACGAAAAGCACGUUAGUCCGCCAUCGGCGUUUAUCGAUAGAAUUGGACAAAUUUGAAAAGUUGAACAAUAGAACGAACAUUAUUGUUAGCAAUAGCAAAAGGAAUAUUUAGUCAUUUAGAUAUAUGUAUGUAUUUAUCUUGUAUAUUGCAAGGUUUCCUUCAGAUUCGACAAUUCAUUUGAUGCUUCAAGUUGCCCUUAGACUGAAAUGUUCCUUGAUCAGAACUUUAAGUCGAUCUACUAAGAGUAUUAUACAUACACUGCCUAAUACAAAAUGAACGAAGAUCAAUUCUCACACUGAAUUCAAGAUCAAUUAAACUUCAAUUUCACAAUUGCAUAUAUUUUGUAGUGUUCAAAGGAAUAUCAAAUGAUCAACUACUUGCAUUUAGACUUAAGAUAGACAAUUAUUGUGAGAUCACCUUUACAGUGGUUAGUCAGUUUGGGGAUUAAAGAUAUUAUUAUUAUUAUUAAUACUAUUAUUAUGAUGAUAUAAUUGGAUUAUAAAUUUACUUAAUUCAUAAACGAAUAGCUAUAGGCAUAGAAUUUGCUAACUGUCUAAUUGGUGUACGAGUGCAAAUCGAGACGAGUCGAGCAUUUCGAGUUCAUAAUUGUUGCAUUUACUUGCAAGCAUUUUUGGGGGACAGGUAAUUUGGAUCAAUGUCAAUAUAGUAUAAUUAGACUGAAGCACCAAUGCUAUCGAUUCAAGAAUAUUAAUGAACAUAUAAUGAUAUCAAUAUCUUAACAUACUCGUAACUUAGAUAACUGACAUUCUUAAAAUUAAUAUAAACAUUAACAAAACAACGUAGCAUUAACAGUAACUCGUGCUAACAUUUAAGUAUACACUAGUUUUAUACUGUUACAAGCAAUUAUUGCAAUUUUAAAUAACAUAUUCAUAUAUUAUAUUAAUUCAUCAUUACAAAUACUUAUUAUAGCGACUCGCGACAAAUAGACCGUUAUAUAUUGUAUGUACAUAACAUACAUUCAUAUGUAUGUAUGUGGAGAUAUGCAUGUAUUGUGUAAAACGUAUGUUAUAAGAAAUCUUACAUAUGCUAAGCAUGAAUGAUGUAUGUGUACUCGUUUUAAGAUAUUUUAAACUCAAGCUCAAUUUGUACUGUCAAUUGAAAUAGGAAAUUAAAAGGAUGUUGUGUAAAAAUUUAUAA